CGUAGCUAGUUGUUGCUCGUCUGAGGCUCGAGCGAUGAUUGAGUAUAAUGGCGACGCGUAUACUCUGAGUUGAGCCCAUGGUGCAGUCUGGAGAAAACAAAGGGAACCCGUUGGAUAUUUUUGUGCACUUUUCUACACAGCGACAAAGACGAGCGGCCGCCGGAAAAAGAACAUUUGCUCUCACUGACGGGGAACCAGGGGGAAUUUUUUUUUUUUACUGUUAGCAUUGUUAUCCAUAGCAUUUUGCUCGUUAGCUUGCUAAGUUGAAGAGGUGGCUGUAAUGUGUUUGAACUGUGGGAGAGUUGAAAACUAAAAAAGUUCGAUUUAUGCAAAUUGGAAAUAUUUUACGGAAUCGUAUGUUUUUAUAGCUAAUAUUUCCCCUCUCGGCGGCAUCACCCAAGUAUUGAUUCACAUACAACGUUAGCUUGUAGUUUUCCAAAACGAGCCAGCACCCUCCUUGGGUUAGCCAGCGGACUGGAGCCAGCGGACUAGCUAUUGUGGAUUUUUUUUCUCUCCCCCAGCUUCUUUCCUGUCUGGACUCGCUUUCAGAGCUCUGGAAACUGCCUACCCAGCCCUCUCAACAGCUUGCUAGCAUAAGUCUGCUAGCUCGCUAACCCUACACGUUAUUUGUUUGCGAGCUCUUGAUCGUAAAUGACCACCGGGAGGAAUAACCGGGCGAUGAUGGAAGGAGUCGGAGCCAGAGUGGUUCGUGGACCCGAUUGGAAGUGGGGUAAACAGGACGGAGGAGAGGGGCAUGUCGGCACUGUCAGGAGUUUCGAAAGUCCAGAAGAAGUGGUCGUUGUUUGGGAUAAUGGGACUGCUGCCAACUACCGUUGCUCUGGAGCUUAUGACAUUAGAAUAUUAGACAGUGCUCCAACAGGUAUCAAACAUGACGGAACCAUGUGCGACACCUGUCGUCAACAGCCAAUCAUUGGCAUUCGCUGGAAAUGUGCGGAGUGCACCAAUUAUGACCUUUGCACAACUUGUUACCAUGGAGACAAGCAUCACCUGAGGCACCGCUUCUACAGGAUCACCACCCCAGGCAGCGAGAGAGUGCUUCUGGAGUCACGGCGCAAGUCAAAGAAAAUUACAGCCAGAGGGAUCUUUGCUGGUGGCCGAGUUGUUAGAGGAGUGGACUGGCAAUGGGAAGACCAGGAUGGAGGGAACGGGAGGAGAGGAAAGGUGACAGAGAUCCAGGACUGGAGUGCAGCCAGCCCUCACAGCGCUGCCUACGUACUAUGGGACAACGGGGCCAAGAACCUGUACCGGGUCGGCUUUGAGGGAAUGUCGGACCUGAAAUGCGUGCAGGAUGCCAAAGGAGGCUCGUUUUACAGAGACCACUGUCCUGUUUUAGGUGAGCAGAAUGGAAACAGAAAUCCUGGUGGUCUUCAGAUUGGAGACUUGGUCAACAUUGAUCUGGAUUUGGAGAUUGUUCAGUCCCUCCAGCAUGGCCACGGGGGAUGGACCGACGGAAUGUUUGAGACGCUCACAACUACAGGGACGGUGUGCGGCAUUGAUGAGGACCAUGACAUUGUGGUCCAGUACCCCAGUGGGAACAGAUGGACAUUUAACCCAGCAGUGCUAACGAAGGCUAAUGUAGUGCGCAGCGGGGAAGUUGCAGCAGGUGCAGAGGGAGGAAGCUCACAGUUUCAUGUAGGAGACCUGGUCCAGAUCUGCUAUGACAUCGACCGCAUCAAGCUGCUACAAAGAGGGCAUGGGGAGUGGGCUGAGGCCAUGCUGCCUACUUUGGGUAAGGUGGGCCGUGUGCAGCAGAUCUACUCUGACAGUGACCUGAAGGUCGAGGUUUGUGGGACUUCCUGGACGUACAACCCUGCGGCUGUCACUAAGAUCGCCCCCUCCGGCUCUGCUGUCAGCAAUGCCUCAGGAGAGCGUUUGUCUCAGUUGUUGAAGAAACUAUUUGAGACGCAAGAGUCUGGGGACAUCAAUGAGGAGCUGGUCAAGGCAGCGGCUAAUGGAGACCUGGCUAAAGUGGAGGACAUUUUGAAGAGACCUGAUGUGGAUGUGAAUGGACAGUGUGCGGGACACACAGCGAUGCAGGCAGCCAGUCAGAAUGGUCAUGUGGACGUCCUCAAGCUGCUGCUUAAACACAGCGUAGACCUAGAAGCAGAGGACAAAGAUGGAGAUCGGGCAGUGCACCAUGCAGCAUUCGGUGAUGAAGGCUCUGUCAUUGAGGUGCUCCACAGGGGCGGGGCUGAUUUGAACGCUAGGAACAAGCGAAGACAGACUCCGUUACACAUAGCAGUCAAUAAGGGUCAUCUACAGGUUGUUAAAACCUUGCUGGAUUUUGGCUGCCACCCUAGCCUUCAGGAUUCGGAAGGUGACACACCUCUGCACGAUGCAAUUAGCAAGAAAAGAGAUGACAUGCUGUCGGUGCUGCUGGAGGCCGGCGCAGACGUCACCAUCACUAACAAUAAUGGCUUCAACGCCUUGCAUCACGCUGCCCUGCGAGGAAACCCCAGUGCCAUGCGUGUGCUGCUGUCCAAACUGCCGAGGCCGUGGAUCGUAGACGAGAAGAAGGACGACGGUUACACCGCUCUGCAUUUGGCCGCACUAAACAACCAUGUGGAAGUGGCUGAGCUCUUGGUGCACCAGGGCAACGCCAGCUUAGACAUCCAGAAUGUUAACCAGCAGACAGCAUUACACCUCGCAGUGGAGCGCCAGCACACUCAGAUAGUUCGGCUGCUGGUGCGAGCAGAAGCUAAGCUCGACGUCCAGGACAAGGACGGGGACACGCCGCUUCACGAGGCACUGCGUCACCACACGCUGUCCCAGUUGCGACAACUCCAGGAUAUGCAGGAUGUCAGCAAAGUGGAGCCGUGGGAACCCUCCAAGAACACGUUAAUAAUGGGCUUGGGCACCCAGGGAGCAGAGAAGAAGAGUGCAGCAUCCAUCGCCUGCUUCCUGGCAGCAAAUGGAGCAGACUUGACCAUUCGCAACAAAAAGGGCCAGUCCCCUCUGGACCUCUGUCCUGACCCCAGCCUCUGUAAGGCCUUGGCCAAAUGUCACAAGGAGAAGAGCAGUGGCCAGGUCGACACCCGUAGCCCAUCUCUGAAUAGCAACAUUGAGUCGCUGGAGGAGUGUAUGGUUUGUUCAGACAUGAAGAGAGACACCCUGUUUGGGCCCUGCGGACACAUCGCAACAUGCUCGCUCUGCUCGCCACGAGUCAAGAAAUGUCUCAUCUGUAAGGAGCAGGUUCAGUCCAGAACAAAGAUUGAGGAGUGCGUAGUCUGCUCUGACAAAAAGGCAGCUGUGUUGUUUCAGCCCUGUGGUCACAUGUGCGCUUGUGAGAACUGUGCCAGCCUCAUGAAGAAGUGCGUACAGUGCCGGGCUGUGGUGGAACGCCGCACCCCCUUUGUCCUCUGCUGUGGAGGGAAAGGUAUGGAGGAUGAUGCCGCUGAUCAUGAUGAUGAUGAUGAUGAUGAUGAUGAUGACCUUACAGGGAGCUCUAACACUAUGGCAGGGGGAUCCCAGGAUCUUCUCCAGCCCAACAAUCUGGCACUAAGUUGGUCCAGCGGAAACAUCCCAGCCCUGCAGAGAGAUAAAGAUAACACCAACGUCAACGCAGAUGUACAGAAACUACAGCAACAGCUUCAAGACAUCAAAGAACAGACCAUGUGUCCGGUGUGCCUGGACCGACUGAAGAACAUGAUCUUCAUGUGUGGCCAUGGCACCUGCCAGUUGUGUGGAGACCGAAUGAGCGAGUGUCCCAUCUGCCGCAAAGCCAUCGAGCGCCGGAUCCUCCUUUACUAGGCCCUGCCCUCUCCUUAGACACUCACCCGCGAACAACUCCCACAAACGCCACAUCCACACCAGCUGCUGUGGAGUCAGCCAGCCACGUCUUAACAUUACACUACAAAUGCUCUGUCAUAUCAGAUGGAGCUUCUGUUACAAACCCAUAUGUUUUUUUUUGCUGUUACCGUCUUUUUGUUUCUAGAGCAGUCAGACAGAUGCUUAUUCUGCAGGAAUCGUUUUUUUCUUUCUUAAACUUUAACUCACAAACCUAUCGUUUUUUUUUCGUUGUUUUUUUCUUUUUUUUUUUCUAAAGACUGAGGUUCAGAUUCAGCUUAGUCUUCCUCUGGAUUUAUCCAGAGGCGUUGACAAAGGGAGGUCUGUUUAUUAUCGUUUUGUUUUCUGUUGUUGUAAAGUUCUCAUGCAUGUUUUUACAGCCGGUGACAUUUGCCAUCACUGUAUUUUUAAAACCCAUAUGCAAAUGUAUUGGCAUCAGAAGUUCCAGAUGUGAACUUGAUUUUUCAUUACAGUAUGAAAAGUUUCAGACAAGGUGUUGUAUUUCGAAGUUCGGGGAGUUUUCCUGAUUUAUUUGAUGCUUUCUAUCCUGACUGUCCUCCAAGCAGGAGACCAAAUGGUUGGCAGUUUUGCACUAGAAACGCUGAAAAACUGACUGGUUAGGUCUGCUUCAGCUCCAUGACAGAACAUGGACACUUUAAUCUGAUUGCCUACAGGUAGCACAUCACAUCCUGAUGUCUGUUUACCAUGCUGCAACCAUCACAGUGUUGCAAAGCACUUUUUUGGAGUUGUGGUUCAUGGACUUAAACACGCCAACUUGUUCAGCUUUCAGUCCUGUGAGCAGCCUGUGUUGUAACCUUUUUGCACGCAAAUAUGACGAAAACAUUUCUGGCGUACAAAGGACCCUGACAUAACUCUACUUAGCUGUUGAAGUUUUAGCGAGCACUGCUAUCUACCCUUCAUCCAAUCUGUGCCAUCUUCACAAGAAGUCUUUAUUGCAUCUCAAUACAUUAGAACUUUGACAAGUAAAUUUAUUUAAGUAAAUUUAAGAAAAAAAAAAGUCAAACCUGUUUUAUUUAUGUUUAUUGACACACAGAGCGAUACAUCUUUAUAUGCUAAUUUUGUUUCAUUUCGAUGGCUAAUAGCAAAUCGAAACCAAAUAUUUUGUUUCUCUCAAAGUUAAACAAGUGCAACAAAAAGGGGAAUUAUUUUAAAGCCAACUGAGAAGGAUGAUAAGGUUCAGUACAGUUUAUGGUCCGGGCUCCUUCUGCAUGAGUGAAAGGAGCUUUAGUUGCUUUAACAGCUUCUGUUAGGUUGGGUUUGCUGUCUCCCUACUACUUGUUGACAAAACUCCAUAGUUCAUGGAGUUUCUGCUUCUUAAAAACUGAAGUUUUUUUGUUUUGUUUUUUGCUUACCCUUAAAUAGGAAGGUGUCCUUGACUAUCUGCUGGACAAGCAUCAAGUCAGCAGUCGUCCCCAUUACUGAAUGGACAAAGAAUAACAGUUCUGCCAUCUUUUUUUUUUCUCGAUCUGGUGUUUACAUUUUUAACAACCUCUGCAACAUUUUUUUUCAUCCAUUUAACUUUCCAUUGAUAUUCUCAGAAAAAGCAUUCUGUUAACAGUCACCUACUUUAACCGUGAGUAUUAGUGCGUUUCCCUUUCUUUUCAGGAUCUUAAUAACUCUGCUGAGCUCCAGUCAAGUUAGAAACCUCCAACGUGACACUAGACGGUAAAAUGUCUGUGUUUAAUACGAAAUAUUCAUAUCUUCUGAGAAACUUAAUGGGUUUCCAUUAGCUAUAAGCCAUAAUCAUUGAACAUAAUAGAAAUUACCACUUCAGAUAUAUCGGUUUGAGUGUAAUGAAUAUAAAAAGGAUAAGUUUCACUGUUGAGAUUGAAUUGCUGGAAUGAAAGCUUUUUUUAUGAAUAUUGUAAUCAAAUGAGAUGCUGCUGUAUGCGUAGGGAGGAGGUGUUCUCGAUCUCACAUGAAAUUUUUUGAAAGGUUUAUUUAAGUGCUUUCCCUUUUCUUGGAAUCAACAUUUAUUGAGCAUAGAGAGAACAAUUUAUGAGAAAGUGUAGAAUAAUUUAUUUUGUAUUAUUGCCCUAACGUUAGGAUUUCUAGGUGUCACUGCCUUCCGACUAUGUAGCCUCAAAGUCUCAGUCAUUCUGCUUUGAAAUGCGUUUUUACAUGUGCGAUGUACUUUUGUUGACAAUAGCUUUGUAGCAGUUAUCAGUAUGUUAUUUUUUUUGUUUUUUAUUUUGAGGUAGGUCUAUGUCAGUUCAUUUGCAUCAUACGAAAAUAAAAUACCUUUGUGUUAAAGGUGUGAAGCGACUUUUCCAUGGUGUUUUAAUUUGGAGUCUGAACUUUGUGGUAAGAGUAGAGUUUAUCCAAAUGGAGAGUCUGCUAUCUGGCUCCCCUUUAAUAUGUGGAAUAAUUGCAACCACAGAAAGUGUUUUCUUUUGUUAGGACUCAAAGCAAACAUUGAAAACAGUUUGGAUUUCUUUGACUAUUAUGAAAAUUUAAGCUAUAGUACUAAUACGCUUUAUUAUAGUAUUGUCAUCAUAAAGGUGUAAUAAAAACAUUUGAAAUUUAUUUUCAAUCUGUCCUGUUAAAUAUGUAUCAGUAGUUUUAUCUUUGGCAUGAAUGUUUGACAUAUGCAGUACGACUUGUACCUCUGGAAAGAAACAUUCAGUUUGUAUUGCGAUCAAGUGCUUUCAAAACAACCAUAUUACAGAAAUAAAGACCUAAACGAACCAUG